CGCAGCGGCUCGCGGUGGAGGACAGCCUCAGGAGGCCGGCGCCUCCCGGCGGUGUUUACCGUUGCCCGAGGAGACGCGUCCGCGCCACCCGCCGGCUCAGCGCGCCGCUGCGCUCUGCGCAUCCGGAGUCCUGCCAUGAGCCGCCGGGGCUCCUCCGGCUCCAGGAGCCUGGACGCGAGCAGCCACGCCGCGUCGCCAGCGCCCGAGGAAACUCGUGAUCAUUCUUUGGAAGUCCCUGUCUCUCGGGAGCAAUUAAACCAUUAUCGGAAUGUGGUUGAAAAUGUUCGAAGUGAACUUGCCGCAACUUUGGUCAAAUUCGAAUCCGCGCAGUCUGAGCUUCGAGACCUGCGCUCCAAGAUGCUUUCCAAAGAAGUUUCCUGUCAAGAGCUAAAGGCUGAAAUGGAGAAUUACAAAGAAAACAAUGCCAGAAAAUCAUCUCUCCUCACCUCUUUGAGGGACAGAGUUCAAGAGCUAGAAGAAGAAUCAGCUGCACUUUCUGCUUCUAAAAUCAGAACGGAACUCACAGCUCAUGCUGCAAUCAAGGAGAAUCAGGAGUUAAUGAAGAGAGUUGUGGAACUAGAGGAGAAAUUACAAAAAUGUUCAAAGGAAAAUGAGGAAAACAAGAAGCAAGUUUCAAAGCAUAGCAGGAAACACGAAGAGUUUCUAAUUCAACUUCAUGAUUCCUUGGAUCCAGACAAGAGGAGUGAGAAGGCAUCGGAAGAAGAUUUAAUUUUAAAGCUUAGAGAGCUGUGCAAGGAGAUCACACUCGUGAAAGGACAAAUUGUUACUCUUGAAGAGUCUCUAAAUGUCCAUGAGAUGGAGGCAAAAGCUAACAGAGAGACAAUUGUGAGGCUGGCUUCAGAAGUCAACAGGGAGCAGAGGAAAACUGCCUCUUGGAAGGAGGAGAAAGACCAGCUGAACCAGGACUUGCUCAGUGCUAUGGAGGCAAAAGAAGCUCUUGAAAGGGAGGUUAAGGUCUUCCAGGAAAGGUUGCUUGCGGGCCAGCGGGCCUGGGAUGCCUCGAAGCAGGAGCUGAGCCUCCUGAAGAAAAGCUCCUGUGAACUGGAGAAGAGUUUGAAGGCCAGUCGCGAGGUGGCCACAGCCUCUGAAAGCCAGAAUGCCUCCUUUAGGGAGAAGGUCGCCGGCCUCCUUACGGGCCUAUGGGGCAUGACUGGCUCCACAGAGGACGCCAUUUUGGAGAGGAUUCAAGAAAUGGGCAGCCAGGAAGAGGACGGGAGAAGGAUGGUCUCCCAGCUUGAAGCACAAAGAGCAGAGCUUGUCGAACAGUUGGGAAAGGUGUCUGAGUCUCACCAGGAAGCUCUCCAGAGAGCCCACAAGGCAGAAGACAAGUUGGAGACUCUUCAGGGUCAGCUGACACACCUGGAAGGAGAGCUGGUUUCUGCGGAUGUUUUAAGAGAUAACUUGAAUUUUGAGAAACAAAAAUAUCUUAAAUUUUUGGAUCAGCUUUCAGAGAAAAUGAGAUUGGACCGGAUGGCUGCUGAACUUGGCUUUGACAUGCGUCUGGAUGUCGUCUUGGCGCGUGCAGAGCAGCUGGUCCGCCUUGAGAGUAGCGCAGUCGUUGAAAACAAGACGAUUGCCUACAAUUUACAGAGGAAGCUAAAGACUCAGAAAGAAAGACUGGAGAGCAGAGAACUCCACAUGAACCUCCUCCGGCAGAAAAUAGCGCAGCUGGAGGAGGAGAAGCAGGUGCGCUCAGCCCUGGCCACAGAGAGGGACGAGGCCCAGCUCACCAUCAGGAAGCUGGAGAUGAAGGUGGGAAGGAUGCAGAAGGAGCUGAACCUGUGUCGUGAAUCCAACCUGGAGCUCAAAGCCAAGCUGGCCGACACCAGUGAGCUCAAGAUUAAAACUUUGGAACAGACCAAAACCAUCGAAGACUUAAAUAAAUCCAGAGACCAGCUGGAGAAGAUGAAGGAGAAAGUGGAGAAGCAGCUCGCGUCGGUCAGGGCAGAACUGGACACGGCGGGGCGGGAGGCCGAGGAGGGUAAGGAAAGGGCCCGACACAUGCUGGAAGCAGUGACCAGCGAGAUGAAGACUCUGAAAAGAUCUCUGGAGGAUGCAGAAAAGAGAGAAAAGCAGCUGGCGGACUUCAGGGAGGUAGUUUCCCAGAUGCUGGGCUUGAACAUGACCGCUCUUGCUCUUCCUGACUAUGAGAUCAUCAAGUGUCUUGAAAGACUGAUCCAUUUACAUCAGCAUCGCCUUGUUUCCUGUGCCUGCCUCAAAGACAUGACUUCUGGGCAAGACAGGCACCCGCAAGGGCACUUAAAACUUCUUCAUUGAAUGCUUGUCUCCAGAGGGAGGUGGAACUAAGACAGCACAAUUCCUACUUUCACAAAUUCCUCAAAUCUGUGAGAUGUGAUCAGCGUGUGAAUAUGGUAUGCUUUAAUGGCCUAGCGAGGUUGCAUCAUUGGCAGAAAAGGCCUCAAAGGUGCCAGCCCUAGACAAAUGUUUAGCACUGAAAACACCUAUUAUUCCACUUGCUAACACUUUGAGACUCAGAAUUAUUCCAUUACAUUGCAAUCUAGACUGGGAAAUGGGAGUAGAGAAAUAACAUUGAUGGGGUAUCUUUUUUCAGCUGGGGGUUCACUAGCCAUUUUAAUUCUCAUAAUAGCCAUAUGGAGAAGCUUUCUUAAAGAGGGCCUCUAGAGACUGCAUGCAAUGGCUUCUACUUUGGAGCCCCCUUUCUGCUGAGUCCCUGGAGAAGAUCCCCAUGAAUGCAGUCAUGGAUGUGUGUGUGUGUGUGUGUGUGUGUGUGUGCGCAUAUGGGAGGGCUCUUUUUGUACAUUUUCUCUGUUUUCCACACAUAAUUUUAAUACAUUUUAUUUAUCUUCUUUAUAAAUUUAUUUUCUACAUCAUUCAAAGGUAUUUUAAAUAGUACUUAAAAACAUAAAUGUGUUUCUGUGAUUGAUUCAUUAUUAAUUAUAUAACAAGAUUCAUGUAAGAGGCUAAAAAUAGUCUAUAGUGGGUAGUACUGUACUUUCUCAGUAGUAUAUGAAAUUAUACUUCAUUUACCUAAAUAUGUUUACGUAGUAUUUCUGCUGUAUGACUCAGUAUAUAUACAAUAAUGUUUAAUAUAUAAGGAAACGUAUUCAAACCUAAGCUUUAGAGACUUUUAGUGGAAAGGGUAUAUAGAAUAAGAAAAAAGAAAUCCUGACUAUGCAUAUGGUUCAUAUAGUGGUUGGACAAAUUGCAAACCUGCUAGUAAAGCCAUUUCCUCCUUGUUACGAUGGCAUUGGCUGUGGCCUCUCCCUCGGUGGCCCUCAUUCCAGAGUUGGCAAGCCAGCUUCAUGUUUUUGUGUUCCAUUUGUUGGUCUGUAAUAUCCAUGGAUAUUUUAUGUUGUCCAAUAAAAUGCAUUAGAUUGAUGUGAUUUUUUAGAUGAGGCCUUAAAAUAUUUAAAACUACCUCUUCUACCAAAUACACUUGAGUGAAAUUGCUACUGGGGUAUUCAUUCUGGUCACUGAGACAUCUAAGUAUCUGCAUAAAGUUCCUCAGGAGGAAAAUGUGAACCCGAUCUGUCUAAAUUUCCAGUUUUACCUUAUAGUCCAUUUUACAGGGAGAAGAGUAAGCAACUCUAUUCCCUGAAGAGCUGUUGGGGACUCUGUAGUACUGCUAUGGUGAAUGCUUGGGACACAGAAGUGGGGUCUAAUUUUCACUGGGGCAGCAGUUCGUGGUAAUGUAAUCUAUGACUUAUACACCAGUGAUAAGAUAAUACCUUAUCUUAUCCACGUUAUUGCAUUCUGCUCCAGGUUCUCAUCAGCAAGUAUAAUCUGGGUACCUCUCUUUCCCCUCUAUGUCUUCCAUCCCAUUACUCUAUGUAGUAUAAAAACCAUUGCUCAAUCAAAAGUACUCUACAAUUUCAUCUAACUCCAGUCAGUAUGGCAAUUAUCAAGAAUACAAGCAACAAUAAGUGUUGUCGAGGAUGUGGGGGAAAAGGUACACUCACAUAUUACUGGUGGGACUGCAAAUUGGUGCAACCACUAUGGAAAGCAGUAUGAAGAUUCUUCAGAAAACUUGGAAUGGAGCCAGCAUUUGACCCAGUUAUUCCACUCUUUGGACUUAAAAGGACUUAAAAUCAGCAAACUACGGUGACACAGCCAUCAAUGUUUAUAGCAGGUUAAUUCACAAUUGCUAAACUAUGGAACCAAUCUGGCUGCUCUUCAACAGAUGAAUAGAUAAAGAAAAUGUGGUAUAUAUAUAUAUAUAUAUACACACACACACCAAAAAAAAAUGGAAUAUUACUCGGCCUUAAAGAAGAACGAAAUUAUAGCAUUUGCAGGUAAAUGUAUGGAGCUGGAGAAAUCAUACUAAGCAAAAUAAGCCAAUCCCAAAGAACCAAAGGCCAAAUGUUUUCUCUGAUAUGUGGAUGCUAAUUCACAAUAAGCGGACAGGGCUAGGGAAGAGUAGAGGUACUUUGUAUUGGGCAAAAGGGAGUGAAGGAAGGGGAGAGGUUAUGGGGGUAGGAAGGAUAGUAGAAUGAAUUGGACAUUAUUAUCCUAUGUGUAUAUAUGAUUACAUGACUGGUGUGAUUCUACACCAGGUACAGCCAGAAGAAUGAGAAGUAAUACUCUGUAUAUGUAUGACGUGUCAAAUGCAUUCUACUGUCAUGUAUAACUAAUUAGAACAAAUUUUAAAAAACCGUUGCUCUUUGGAAGCUCCUGCUAACUGCUGUAUAAUUUUCAUUUGUCUUUAUUGUGUUACCUAGUAAUAUGCUGUCUAUUCUUCCUACUUAAGAUUUUUUAAUAAAAUGGUUCCAAAGUGUCUUCUCCA